AUGAAUAGCGACAAGACAAGGAUAGCCGGUAGCGGUAGCGAGAGCACGGCGUGGACGUCGGAGACGGCAGUGUCAUGCCAGCAGGCAGCAGGAGAGGGGAGGAGCAUGCGGGUAGGGGUGACGGCAGGAGGGGGCGGGAGCGGAGGCACGGGGACGGAGGCGAUCUCGGCAGACGGGGCGGGGGCGAGCGGGGUAAGGGAGGGCGGGAACAGGGCCGGGACGGGGUCGACGGGAGUGACGGUGUACGGGGCAGGGCUGGGGAGGUACGAGGGGCAGCAGGAGAGGGGAGGAGCAUGCGGGCAGAUCGUGCUUACUAUCACUAGUCUGGUCGGGACGGGAUCGGACCUGGUGUCGUAUGAUCGUGUGGAUGUUUCAGGCGCUGUCGUGUCCAAUCAGCCCUCAGCUUAUGUUACGGUUAGGUUGCUAGGCAAGGGAUACGGCAUGGCAGUCGGAGUCGAGCCUGACGUGUCAUGCGAGCGGGCUUGGGACAGUGUCCCUGACAGGGAGGGGACAGUCCGGGUCAACAGCCGCAGAGAGCACAUCAUGGAUGUCGGAGAGUGCGGUAGCUUGCAGGCUGUCGGGAGGAUCAGGCGAAAGCAAAUCGCUGGCGUUGACCGUGGGGCUGUCUUCCGCGAUGUCAUCACCGCAAGGGAGGCUAGGCGUGUCCGCAUGUACAAGCACUGA